UUGAAACAUGAUCCAGCGGCUCCUCGACGAGGCAGGGCUAUAGACUAGAAGCAUAGUGUUAUCACACCGCGGUACCAGAGUUCGGAGAGAUACGUGAAUAGGAGGGAAGAGAAAGAGAGAGAGUAGUGUAGAGAGAAUGGGAAAGGGAGUAACUGAGAGCAUUCAGCAUCUGACAAAUCAAAGGCACGGUGUCUCAUAUUCCUGCGUAUAGCAGAGGAGGAUGGAGCGUUGCCGGUUGAGCGGAUAAGAUCUGUUUGUGGAUACCAUUGUGUUUUUCUUCGCACCAAUAGGAACAUGUGUUUUCUGGAGGUUUGAGGAAAGCGAUGGUUGCAUCACCUUCAACUGCGCUGUCAAUCUCAUUUCAAAGAGCCACAUCAUAAGAAACUCCGUGGGGAACUGGCCUUUUGGAGGAUAUGCAGAAAUAGGAUCGGCUUGGUUGUUAAAUGAUUUUAGCAAACCAAGCAUUAAAACCAGCGGUUAUCAGUUUUAUGUAUACCAGUAUGAUGAACUCUUUUUUUGAUACUUCGCCUGCUGCUAUGAUCGAUACAGUUCCUGUCAGUCGUAUGUCCACUUCUGGGUCGGACGCGGUAACCAGUGCUCUGCGAAAUGAUUUGGGGUCCAAUAUCCAUGUACUGAAGACCCUGAACCUGCGGUUUCGCUGUUUUCUUGCUAAGGUUCAUGAACUAGAGCGGAGAAACAAAUUAUUAGAGAACCAACUGCAGCAAGCCUUGGAGCAACAACGAUACCAAGUAUACACACGUGAAGUAGCUGUCCAAACCGACUCUACUGAAUCCCGACUACCUGGUACCAUUUGGAGUUUCACCCACGUGAGGAGACACGGCGAGCGCUAUGAGACUCUCCAGGGGCCCGGUGUGUCCUGGAAUCACCCGGACGGUGUUGGGGUCCAAAUCGAUACCAUCACACCAGAAAUAAGAGCUCUGUAUAAUGUUUUGGCUAAAGUCAAGCGAGAGAGAGACGAAUACAGGAGAAGAUGGGAAGAGGAGCUGAACAGACGAGAGCAUAUGGAGUCCAUGGUGGAAUCCAUGCAGGAGAGUGCUCAGGAGUCAGAGGAGAUCCAGGAUGAACUGAAGGAGAAGGUGGACAGGCUGAAGGCUGAGCUGGUGGUCUUUAAGAGUCUUGUGAGCGAUGGCGGUCGACGUCUGAGUUCCCAAUAUGUCAGGAGGGAUCUGGAUAUGAAACAAAUGUCUGACCUGGACUCUAAGAUCCAAGAGAAAGCCAUGCGGGUGGACAUGGACAUCUGCCGGCGCAUCGACAUCACCGCCAAACUGUGUGACGUGGCUCAGCAGCGCAACUCAGAGGACAUGUCCAAGAUGUUCAAUGUCAGCCCGGCCAGGUCACUCCCAGAGAGGGGCGCCAUGGCGUGCUGCAGGAAGGAGCGCAGGCCUGUGUCUGAUGAGGACAGCUCUGAGAUGGAUGCAGACCCCAGCACCAGUACCUCAGAGGAGGAGGAGGUCCCUCUUAACAUCACUGAUGAAAUGAAACGAAUGCUCAACCAACUACAUUGUUCAGAUGAUAAUUGUGUUGCCAGGAGGGAGACGUUUGACAUUGAUGACGACUGUGACAGCCUGACGUGGGAAGAGAAUGACGAGACCCUGUUGCUAUGGGAGGACUUCACCAACUAUAACAUACAACCCAGUGCCAUCACCGCAUCAAACUGCACAGCCACCAGCGCAGCCAACAGCAACACAGAGGAGCCUGUCUCUCAGGAUGGAAGCCUGGGCAGCCUCAUAGAUGAGACAGAAUCACUAUUCAAGACCAGAGAGCAGGAGUACCAGGAGACCAUUGGCGCGAUUGAGAUGGAGCUAGCCACAGCGAAGAGUGACAUGAACAGACACCUGCAUGAGUACAUGGAGAUGUGUAGCAUGAAGCGUGGUCUGGAUGUGCAGAUGGAGACGUGCAGGAGGAUGAUCAAAGGGGGCAGGAACUCUCCCUCUGUCAGCUCGGUGGCCAGCAGCGACUCAGGGAAUACUGACGAGAUCCAGGAAGAACUAUUGGACAAGGACGGAGAGGCUGAGGUGCCAAUCAGCUGAUGGCUGUCCUGCCUGGCACCGCCCCUCACUCCUCCACUCACUGACGUAUAGCUGCUCACAGAGCUCCACCCUGCUUGGGGGUUGGCCCGUUUGGCACUGUUGGCUGGGAGUCCUGAUGGUCCUAAGGGUCUGUCCCACUCUCCCAACUGGUGCUUAUUGUCUCUGUUCUCAUAGGGAUGGAGGGGGACGGUGUUCCUUUGCUUCACAAGUAUUAUAAGGCAGAGGUGGCACAUACAAUAUAGUGUCAGCUGUGCUCUCUUCCUCAGUGCUGCCUUGCUGGUUUCUUCAACCUAAUCAGAGCUCCACAAGAACAUCCAGCAAAACAGUCAACCUUAUCAAACCAGUCGUACUGGCUCACUAUUAGCAUAUUCGAAACAGUUGCACUGUCACCAUCGUCAAUCUGUUGGACUGAGGUGGACAGUCCAUUUGGUCAACAGGGAACAACAUACACAACAGUAUUCACCAGUGAGAAUAUAUGCCUGAGUUCUUUUAAUAAUCACAAAUCAAGAGCAAUCACACAAUUUUCUACUUGCAUGUGCCCCAUGGAUGUAGAUGGAUUAUUCACAUACAGUACAUGCACAUGCACAAUUGGGUAUAGAAAUGUUCUCACCACAGUCAAUACAAGCAAAACAGCCUGACUGGACUCUCCAUGGUUACCAGUGUUUACUGGGGAACGGAGCACAGCCCUUUGCUGCAUAAUGCAUUGUUCAAGCUCUAUGCAAUUUAGCUAGCCUUAUUUCAGGAUGACCUUCCCUACCCUUCUUUUCCCUUAUGAUUAGCCUUUUUAAGCUGGGCAGGUGUUUUCUAGUUGUCAUUCAGAGUGCUCAUGUGUGUUCUCCGAAGUGGAAGGUGCAGAAUUGUCUCAAAAAGGGAAAUGUUGGAACAGUGACCCCUAGUUGUCUUUGUCAAAGUCAUACCCCUUCCCUCCCUACCCAUGUUAAUUUAAUGUCUGUAAACAUGGAAAAGAUGAUCGAAAAUAAUAUGGAACAAGGCGCCAGCAAAUAUGCUGUUUUUGAUUUGUAAUGCCUUUUGCUGAUCACUAUCAUACUAAGCUUCAGCCAAAUGUUAUGUAAUUUCCCCUAAAAUGUAUAUGUUAUGAUUGGUAGAACUAAGUUCUUGAUUGUCCCUUGGGCUACUCUUUGGUAAGUCCAAAGGUCUGUUGAGAGUUAUUGAUCAUCUGUUUGUCCUCUCAGAGAGAGGGUAUGGAAGAUAUAUUACACAAAACAAUCACGGAAACUGGCAACACCAUGUACAUUGGUUGCUAAUACAAUUCCUAACUUAUACACUGUACAAUGCCAUAUUUAGGUUAUAUUUUUGCCAAUCUGGGUGACUAACCUCAGAUGGCGUCUCACAAAAACUCCCCCCCUUCUGUCCAGCCUAUCAUAUUCCGUUGUCCCAUUGUCAUGUGCCCUGGAUUGGGCUUAGAAUAGUUUGUACAUACAUAAGAGACAAAGGAGGUUGGUGGCACCUUAAUUGGGGAGAACUGGCUUAUUGUAAUGACUGGAGCGGAAUAGGUGGAAUGGGAUAAUUCAUCAAACAGAUGAUUUCCAGGUGUUUGAUGCCAUUCAAUGAGCCGUUCUCCCCUCAGCAGCCUCCUGUGAUAAGAGGGCUGUUGGCAUGUGAUCGUAUACCCUAGAUGCCUUUCUGUUCAUAACGUGCUAUACGUAAUUUAUUUUGUUGUAUUACAUUCAGUCUAAUGAUUUUCAUUGAACUAAUCAAUUAACAAAAUUGAUGAACGCACAAGGAUUGGGAGAGGUUUUCUGCAAGUUAUUUUUCAAUUGGUUUAUGAAAUGUUGUUAGUUUGCAGAAUGAAGGACAAAAGUGCUAUUUGUAUGAUGAGGGUUUUAAUAAUUACAUUUGUCAUUGCAUUGUCUCUGUGGGGAAGAGGGGCUAUUGCAUUUGGUUGUUUCUCUGAAUUGUUUUACAUUUGAACUAGAGGCACAUCAUAGUUGCAGUACAAUAGUGUUGCAAUUCUCAAAAUCAAUUUCUGUAGCUUUAAAUGGGCCUAUAGUCCAUGAAAUUGCAUUAUACAGAUUGAAUUGUGAGUGUUGAGGCAGAUAUGAAAUAUUCUCUGUAUCAUAUUCCGUUAACAUCAUAGAUGGUCAAAAUGGUCAGGACUCUUAACUAUUUCAUCUGACACAAAAAGACAGGCCCAAUCAGUCUAGUGUGUAUUAUUUCCUAAACCAUAGUAAAAUAUCCAGACACAUACACAUAACAUUCAGGGAGAGGCCUUAUUCCCAGCUAACCAUCAAAAUACAUUGUAUAAGAUUUAAAACCAGCAUGACGUAAGCCAUGUUUUUGUUCGUCCUUUGUUGCACCAUACAGUGUAGGCUGGUAACCAUUAGGCCUAUGCCCUUAUUUCUCAUGAUGUCUCAGGAUGUCAUUUCUACAAAGAGAACAAAUCAGAUAACAUACACCACAUACACAAAAGUAUGUGGACACCCCUUCCAAUAAGUAGAUUUGGCUAUUUCAUGCACACCUGUUGCUGACAGGUGUAUACAAUCGAGCACACAGCCAUUCAAUCUCCAUAGACAAACAU